AAGGGAGUGGGAAACAACGGGCAUCCGACGACCGUGGGAGUCGCGGCUCUACUUUCGAAGAAACAGCAGCACCUUAAGGGAUACCUUGUAAAAAUCAUACUCAGAAAUAAAAAAAGGGCAAUAAACCACCCCCCCAAAAAAAGUGUGAAGCAGAUAUGUCGAGGCCAAUACUUAGCAGGCCGCGUACGCGCGUUUAUGGAUGCAAUUACGACAAGGGGGAAUCCUAUUACAAGCCAAUGGUUGACCACUUGGACAGGAAGUACUGUGCUCGGCCCUUAUUCUCCGAGCCAAGAUCGUCGAUAGCCGAUGAAAUCGCGGCCCGUCGAGGCGACAUCGGCUCGCGAGACCUUUCUGGUCCUCGGAACGACACUUUCGGGCGUGACCUUGACCUCGACCUCGACCCUCGUACCCGUGCCUCCCAAGUACUAUCACCCUUGACCAGCACCGAGCACAACCCUCUUCUACUCCCUGGCGAGGAUGAGGAGACGGUCUUCGAUAGCCGUGGACAAAGGACUCAACGAAAAUUCGCGGAUGAUUUUGCAAAUGAGGUAGCAUCUACGACGCGUCGUUUCAAGGCUAAAGUGGCAGCGAUGGAACUUGAUCAAGAUAUGGACUCCGUACUGAAUAAGAAGAUCGAGGAUUUCGAUUCGGCUGCUUUCAAAAGACGUUCAAAGAUUUUAACAUCGAUCGGCGGCGGUGUAGGCGAUGAUUUGGAAAAACAACAACCAUCGUCUUUGACCAGGUGGUCCAAAUUGAUAAAUGAUAACGAAGAGGACACGUUGCUCUCUAAUGCGGCUGCCACUCGAGCCAGACAAACGAAAGCACGUCUCGAUGAUCUCGAAUCCGAGAUGGAAGAAUUGGCCGAGAGACAAGCCAAGAGAGAACGCAGGGCUGCUGCUUUGAGGGCGCUCGUCAAUGAGAGUAUUACAACUUCGUCACCACCUUCCCCUCCUAUUAUCGACGAUUAUCAACGAUCCUCAGCCGCCCUCACUAGCAGCAGCAAAAAAAUUUCCAUGCGUAACGAACGUACCGAAAAACAUGUCACCUUUUAGUUCAAACUCUAGCUCAUGAUUCUUUCUUUCUAUCUCUUUCUAUCUCUUUCUCUCUCUCUCUCUCUCUCUCUCUGUUUUUUCCUUUUUCUCUCUUUGUCUGUAUAUUCAUUGCGAUCACACGAUGCUCUAACCUCACUUUAACCGCUAUAAAAAUUGUCCAAUUGUAUCAUAAAAUGUAUUUAUUGUUAGUCGAUUAUCUUUAUUGUGCAUUGCUUACGAUUGAAAUCGAUUGAAAUUCUAAGGACGUGUUAAUGAAUAUUUUUUGUUCAUUUACAUGCAUCGAAUCAUCGAUAUUAUGUAUUUUUAAUUUAUACAGGAUACAC